AUGGCGUUUUUGAUCAAGUCUAAUAUGUUUGCCAAGUCGACCAAGGUGUUGCUUGGCACCCUCUAUGCUGUGUGUCUCACCAUAUUGUUGUUAAAAAUGCAAAGAUAUCGUGGCGGGGGAGAAACUGAAAGCUUCCAUGACAUUCAAAUACCCUACAUGCAAUUGAUACCACGGUACACUGUGAUCUAUCCAUGGGUAAUAUGUACGUCUAUCUUUGCUGAGAUCACCAUAACAAGUCUUAUCAUAUCGACAAUUGUACUAUAUGUAUCGACUAAGUAUGUGGAGAAGUUUUGGGGGUUUCGAGAGGUGAUAAAAUUUGUGUUACUCAUUGGUUCAAUUACCAAUUUGAUCACGGUGUUGACUACUAUAGUGUUCAACUUGGUGAGAGGAGACGUCAGUGGCAUGGACAAGCCGUUGGGAGGAGGCAUCUCAUACUAUUUUGGAUUUCUCGUCGUGUUGAAACAAUUGAUACCCGAACACAAUAUCAUACUUUUCCAAGGACUUAUCAACUUUAGAGCCAAACACUUGCCCUUUGUGCUUUUGGUGGCGGUGCUGUUUUGGUCUAUAGUCGUCAGCAGAUCGCUCUACCCUUCAUUGCCUUCAUUGGGAAGCUUUUUCACUUCCUACAUUUACCUUCGGUUUUUCCAAAGAUUUUCCAUGGAUCCAUUGUUGCCUGUCACCAUGGCCAAUGGCGGACAAGACAGUGUCAAUUCGUCGGUGUUGAAAGGAGAUGCCUCGGAUACCUUCCUGCUUAGCGAAUUUUUCCCUUCAGUGAUAAAACCUUACGUUUCGGUGGUGUUUGCCAGCAUCUACGACGUCAGUUGUUUCCUAGGAAUCAUAACUCCAUUCACCGAAGACUCCAUAGAACAGAGUAACUUGCGGGCACAAAAACGCCAAGAACAAGCAAACCAAGUACAAAAAUCGGUUGCCAAUUCUGUGGCAGAACGUCGCCGUCAAGUAGCCUUACAAGUCAUUGAGGAUCGCAUCAGCAGAAACGAGGACCAUAACUAG